AAAGUGUCUCGGAACAGAGAUUUUUCAUUCUCCAAAUCCUCUCUUAGCACUGUGGUCAUAUUCAUUAAUUGGCUGCAGCUUCCUGUCUCAUGUAAUUUCUUUCUCAUAUUUUGCAGAUAUCGGAACGGUUGAUUAUAUUUUAGCAGCUGGUGAACUUUUACGCCAUGGUCGAGGUGUUAACACGGCUCGAUCCAGUCUCGGAUGUAUAAGGUUGCCCACGUGGAUGCUUGGGUGGGUGAGCAUCGGGUCGGGUUCGAGCCUCGUCCCCCGAGUACGGCCUUCUCUCUUGACAUUGCAGGAGAUCCAAAGACACCCCCAACCCAAGCCGACGUCACAGAACCGAGGAGCCUGCGUCACCAUUUCUACCCGACGCUCUGAUCCAAUUAUUCCUCUCGCGUUGUCGACUCAGAAUCUUGAUUUGUCUGCUCUUCGAUGGCGAUCUGCGCUCCCUCCUCCUCGGAUUCGUCGUCGGGAUCCAGGGCGUGGGUGGUCCACGCGGCGUUGCUCGGGGCGGCGAUCGCGGCGGCGGCUGGCGCACAUUUCUACCUCCGCCGCUGGUCCAGCGGGUUCCGGAGCCGGGUGGUCGGCAUCAUCCCCGCCCGGUUCGACUCCUCCCGCUUCCAGGGCAAACCCCUCGCUCAAAUCCUCGGCAAGCCCAUGAUCCAGAGAACAUGGGAGAGAGCAAAGUUGGCUUCAACCUUGGAGAAUGUUGUUGUUGCAACAGAUGAUGAAAAGAUUGCAGAAUGUUGUAGAGGAUUUGGAGCAGAUGUCGUAAUGACAUCAGUUGGAUGCAGAAAUGGGACUGAGCGUUGCAAUGAAGCCCUUGAAAAACUUGGAAAGAAUUAUGACAUUGUUGUCAAUAUCCAGGGGGAUGAGCCUCUUAUUGAGCCUGAGAUAAUAGAUGGUAUUGUUAAAGCAUUGCAGGGAGCUCCUGAUGCUGUUUUCAGUACUGCUGUCACGUCCUUGAAACCUGAAGAUGGACUUGAUCCCAACAGGGUAAAGUGUGUGGUUGAUAAUCAUGGUUAUGCGAUCUACUUCUCAAGGGGAUUGAUCCCAUUCAACAAGUCAGGGAAAGUGAAUCCACAAUUUCCUUAUCUACUUCAUUUAGGCAUUCAGAGCUUUGAUGCAAAGUUCUUGAAGAUCUACCCACAACUACCACCUACUCCUCUGCAACUGGAAGAAGACCUGGAGCAACUUAAAGUGCUGGAAAAUGGGUACAAGAUGAAGGUAAUCAAGGUGAAUCAUGACGCCCACGGUGUAGACACUCCUGAGGAUGUUGCAAAAAUAGAAGCAUUGAUGCGAGAAAGAAAUAUUGCAUAGUGGAAUGGCUGAAACGGUAUGAGAGAUCUGAUGCAUUCCUAUGCAAUUAAGCGUCGGAAUGAGCAUUUCAUAGGGUGGAUCAACAUCUUUACCAAAUGAUUCUUAUGUUACUCUACUUCUUAGUGACUAUUUCGUUGUUGUUGCUCAUUCAAUUUGUAGCUUUUAUCUUGACAAGAUUAGUUUUAUAUCAUAUCGGUUGUAUCGCAUGACCAACUCGAUCAAAAUAAGGGAGAUUGCUCGAUGAGCUAUGUUGUAUGAGAUUAUAAUGAGAAAACUUAAGUAUUUGCAUCUUCUUUCGUA